AAAAUAAAUAUUUGUUCAGAAGUAAAACAAAAGGUAUACGUAGAAGCGUCAAAUCACAUUUUACACAUUUGUGAACAUUUUUCUACCCAAAAAUGCAAAUUGUAGCAAUCUGCUUGUUCUCCAUCUUAUUCUUAAAUGGAGUUUUAUGCCAGAUUGAGUGCAAAUCCUCUGGAAUAACAUGUCCUGACCCUUAUACGUUUCAGUUUUGCGCCAAUAUCACAGAUAAGGUUCUAGUAUACGGUACUCCGACAAAAUGUCCCCUUGGUACCAUUUGCGACAACGAGGGAUUUUUCGCUUGCAAAGUUGGUACCCUUCCUACAACCACACCAUCACCAACGACAGUGUUUGCUUGUAACGGACCUGCUAAAUUCCCGACUGCUGUAUGUAAUCAGUACCUCGAAUGCGUGUUAAAUUUCUUCAUUUGGGCACCUGUUACCAACACUUGUCCCAAAGGACAGAAUUUUGAUCCAGCCCUAAACGAGUGCAGUGAAAAUUACAGCUGUGGUCCUGAUGCUAUUACUGUAGAACCACCUGUGGAACCUAAAUGUAACGGUGCUGGUAAAUUUCCAGGACCAACUCCAAAUCAAUACUACGAAUGUGAAUUCAUUUGGUUCCAGUUUCAACCAACACUAAAAUCUUGUCUUGAAGGACAAAUUUUUGAUGUGACUGUUAGUCUAUGUGUCCAGAUUCCUUUAACAGAUGAUGAGUCUGCGAGCACUAAGCAGAGUGUAAAAUGAGUUAAGAAGCAUUUUGUAAUUUUUUGAGCAUCUAAUUUAUGUGCUAAUAAAGGAUUAUUAUAAAA